AUGAACGCUCUUCUCACAGACGCAAAUAGGGGCAGGACUAUGUUGGAGUACUUGUUGAUGAACUCAACUUCACGAGCGGUUCCACUUUUCAAGCUCUUGCUUCAAAAGGUAAUUAUCGAAGCAACGACUCAGCUUGGCAUGGAGCAACGGGCGGUUGAGCUGUCGACACGAAUCGAGCCAAAGCAUUGGAAUAGUAAUCCAGAGUCCAGAGGCCUGACGCAAUUGUUUGGACACGGUUUUGGAAAUAUUAUCUCUUCACGCCAAGGACAAAGCGAUACCUCUUUUGGAGCUCGCGCUAUGGAGGAGAAGUGUCAACGCUCUAGUGACAGAUCAGUCCUUUUUUGUUCCAAGAACUACCAAACGACGAAGAGUGGAUCGAUGUCCAGUCGAGUGGCAAGUGGAGCUUCCAAUUGUGAUACUGAGUGUGAUUGGUUUUCUUCGGGAGACGGGCUCGACGGUUUCGGUUGA